GGUUGUGCUGCCCGGGCGGACCUCCCGCCUCUGCCCGGGCCUCCCCUGCCGGAGGGGCCGAGGGGCUGUCGCUGAGCUCGGCAGGGAGGGCAGGGCAGGGCAGGGCAGGGCAGGGCUGGGGCCGGGCGGACCCUCUGUACACACUGUCAAGUGAGAAGGACCAUUCAAAGUCAAUGUCCACACUCAACUUGGUGAUAAAGUGGUAAAAGCACCUAUAUUCAGAAGUAUGGCUACUGGAUUGAUUCAUUUUCCAGCCUGCAGUUUGUGUCUGAAGGGCAAAGAUCCAGUGCCUGCAUUUAUUGCUCGAAGAUGGAGGGCUCAGCAGGGCCUGGAGGCUCUUCAGCAGCUUGCUGUAGCUCAGUCUUCUCUUCAGAUACCUCAGAUUGUGUAUGAAGAUCCCGAAGUUGAUGGAAGGAAUCGCUACAAAUAUUUUGUACACUUUCUCAGCCAUUCUGAUAAGCCGCUUCCAGUAAAUGUUCCCUUAGAUGUUGCUUAUGAAAUAACAAAGACAGAGCCAUAUGUUGAUUCAGCUACAAAAGACAGCCACGUCUUUGGCCCCAGGUUCCGAACUUUGGGUACUCAAACAGAUUACAGGGAUGGUGAAGCCCAGACGGAUCCCUAUUCUCCUGAAUAUAUAGUUCACGGUGGCUCAGUCCCCGAACUUCUGACUCUUGCUACACUCACUUGGGGCCGGGGGCUACCAGCAGGACUAGAAGAGAUGGAGAUAAUUGACCGCGCCCGGGAAAAACGUGCAUGGGAAGCAUCUCUUCCACCCAUGGACAGUCCCUCAAACACCGCGAAGAGGUUGAAAAUGAUGGAAGAAAUGGAAAGGAAGGAGUGGGCCUUUAGAGAACAGGAAAUAGAAAAGUUGCAGAAGGUUCGACUGGAAGUCUUAAAGAGGAUGCUGCAGAGGCGAGAGGAGAAUCAGAAUAAGGUGGAUGCCAAGCGCUUGUGUGACCUCUGGCAAAAUCGCCAGAGGGCUAGAGAAGAGAAAAUAAAAAAGAUUCAGCACGACUGUGCAUUGAUGCUCAGGAAACUGAUAGCUAACAGGAAAAAUAUGAUGGGAAAGCUGGAUAGACGAGAUAUCAUCAAAGAAUAUACUGACUUUUCAUCAGAAACGUACGCACCUUUGUCUAGAAUUGGGUUUUUCCCAGACAACAAUUUUUCUGACUGCUAUGUGGUGAAAAACUUCUAUCUUAACACCUUUGCAGGAUUGUGUGAACUGGAAGCAUCUCUCCCAGAUUCUGUUAUCCAGCUCAAGAUUAAAGCUCCAAAACCUAAGUGCAUUAUCACUAAGACUGGCUUUAUUAGAAGGUCAGCAAGGCUAGAGGCAGAGCUGGCACAGGUUCACCAGGCGCUACUGGAGAAGAAGGAUAAAGUCGAGGAGCCAAAGAAGCCCAUCCGUGGCCCUGAAAAAGUAGAAGAGCCUAUUCCUAAGCCACCCACUCUAAUUCUGGAAAAACCAUCAAUUGAGGAAGAGGAAACAGAACUGGCGGUGAUCUGUCUGCAGAAGUUGCUCCGAGGGAGGGCUAUUCAGAACAUGAUGUUUGAAGGGAAGAAGAAGCGACUGGAUCUGAUCCAAGAGCUGCGCACCACUCACGCACUCCAGGAGGAUGGGCAGCUGCUCUUGAAGGCAGAGGAGCAAAGGAUCCUGGCUCUACAGCAACAGCAUGAGUCACAAAUGCACAAGCUGUCAUCAAUGGAAAAGGACUUGGCCACGGUAGAAGGAAGGACACUGGCGAACAUACUUGAUUUUCUGUCCAAAGAGCUGGUGAGGCUGCAACAAGAACGGAAGAUCCAUGCUUUGGUCAUGCUGGCUGAGAGGCAGAGGCGGAUGCGGGAAGCAGAGGAGAGCGGACGUCGUCAGGUGGAAGAGAGGCGGCGUCAGGAGGAAGAUGAGAUUUUCAAACAGGUGGUGAAGGUGCAGCACAGAACCAUUGAUACCUACUUGGAAGACAUUAUCCUGAGUAGCAUGCGGAGGGCAGCUGAAGAACAAGCCAGGGAAGAGGUUCAGAGAAGGGCUGUAGAAAUCAAUGACAUUGCUUAUGAGCUGGAAAGUCGUCGAACUCGCCUACAGUCCGAAGAGAUUGUAGCAGAGCUGGUUUAUGAUUUCCUGAUUCCAGAAGCUGCGAAAAGUGCUAUGAGAGAAAGAGUGAGGCAGUCCCAAAGAAAACACAUCUACGCUGCUCAUCAGAUCAUCCAUGGGGGCACAGAGAGGGUUUUGGCUGAUCCGGCACUGCAUCGGGAGACAUCUGCCAGCAGGAUAGAGGGAGAUCCUCCUGCUGGGACAGCCAGCACUGCUGCGAGUGGGACAGCUGCUGGACCAGGGGCAGCUGCCACAGUUGCACGUGAACUAGAUAAACUUCUGUGCAAAGAAAGCAAGGAUCCCACAGCCUCCUAGAGAUAGACGAUGCGUGAGAGCACCCAGAAUGGAAAAUCCUCUCUCUCCUUUGGGCUUUCCUUCCUGAUGCCUGCCAGCAAUGUUGUCCUGGAGCCACUCUGUAUACAUUUUGGUGUGGCUGCUCCCUCCACUCCCUCCCCAGCUUGCUUUGGACUUCAUUAGCUCAUUUUCCUCUUCUGAUUAUUAAGAGAAGCUUGACUGAGAAAGCAGUGUUAGCACUCUUUGUUUGUUUUCCUGGCACAGACCAAUAAAAAUAUGCACCUGGGCUUUUGAUGGUA